GUAGCUAUCUGAGGCCCACGAGGUCUGGGGACGAGGCAGUUGGACAAGAUGGCGACCGUCAGUAAAGAAAACCUUGAUCUUUCUCAAUAUACGAUUUCAACCAAUACUACUAUCAAUUUCCUGGAUUGCCAAAAUGCUUUUGAAGGAUUAACAGACGAAGAGAAGCUCUACGCACAUUAUUUGCUGAAAGCCUCUUGGGAAGGCAGUUUGAUUUGUCUUUUUCAAACCUCUCCGGAAGCACCAAGAAUUUUCCAACUUUUCCAAAAAGUGUUCAGUUUUGAAGAAGUUAGCGAGAUAAAAGAGAGGGCACUAAAAGCUGAAAAUGGAUUGACUGUAGAAGAAUUUGAGUGCUUUCUGAUGUAUGUAGCUUCAUUUUAUGGCAAUAUUGGGAACUAUAAGUCAUUUGGAGAUACAAAGUUUAUACCUGCAUUAUCAAAGGAAAAAUUUCAAGCUAUAAUUUAUGCUAGCAAAGCAUAUCAAGAUGAUCCCAAGGCAGUUGAAAAUCCGUGGCAAGACUGUAAGGAUCCCAUGUAUUCUCUGGGUGUUAAGUUGAGACAGCUUGGAUUUGGUGACCAGGCUCUCUCAACAUAUUACUCAAGCAACUGUGACAAGUCUGAUGCAGAGUUUGUUCAAGGUUUCUUAAAAGAAAAGGGUAUUGAUGCUUAUAAUACUCGUCUUUUUAAAGAAGUUGAUGCUGAUCAACGCAUAACUUAUAAUCUUCGUAUUGCAUCAGUCUGCACAACAGCUGAACCAUUGAAUGGUGUAGAAGACAAGAUGUCUUCCUUGAUAGCUUCACAUGAAUACAAAAGAUGCACCAUCAAGAUUACAAGAGGAGAUUAUUCUGGACUCUUAAAAAGAGUGGUGGAAAAUCUAGAAAAAGCUGUGACAUAUGCCUCAAACGAAAGAGAAAAGUCGAUGCUCAAAAGCUACAUCAUUAGUUUUAAUACUGGUAGUAUAGAGGAUCACAAGCAAGGCUCGCGCUUCUGGAUCAGGGAUAAAGGACCCAUUGUUGAAACGUACAUUGGUUUUAUUGAGACGUAUAGAGAUCCAUUUGGAGUCAGAGCAGAAUAUGAAGGUUUUGUUUCCAUCGUAAAUAAAGCAAUGAGUGAAAAGUUUGGUCAGCUGGUAGCAGGUGCAGAAAAGCUGCUACCCUGCUUGCCAUGGCCUUCAAGCUAUGAAAAAGACACAUUCCUGCGACCAGACUUCACGUCUUUAGAUGUGCUAGGGUUUGGUAGUAGUGGUAUUCCAGCUGGUAUCAAUAUACCUAAUUAUGAUGACAUUCGCCAAGAAGAAGGGUUUAAGAACGUAUCCCUUGGUAAUGUUCUUUCUGCUCAUUCUGCUGAUCAGAAGAUUACAUUUCUUGAUGAACAAGACGCAGAAAUCUAUGCCAAGCUCAAGGCUCCUUCAUUUGAAGUUCAAGUUGGUCUUCAUGAGCUGCUUGGUCAUGGAAGUGGUAAACUUUUCAUGCAGAAAUCUGAUGGAACGUUUAACUUUGACAUUGAAUCAGUCAAACACACAGAAACUGGAGAAAAGAUCCAAAGCUGGUACACAGAAGGAGAAAACUGGUACACUAAGUUUGCUGACAUUUCUUCUUCGUAUGAGGAAUGCCGUGCAGAAUGUGUAGGAAUUUAUUUAUGCUUGAAUCAACAAGUCUUGAGCAUCUUUGGCCAUGAGGGAGAAAUGGCUAACGACAUUAUCUACAUCAAUUGGCUGAACAUGGUUCGUGCAGGACUUUUAGGGCUUGAAUUUUACACUCCAGAGAACAAUAAAUGGCGUCAGGCUCACAUGCAAGCACGUUACGUUAUUUUACGGGUACUCCUAGAAGCAGGACAACAAUUGGUUAAGUUGGAGAAAAUCAAUGGUUCUGAUGGCCAACCAGACCUGAUUCUAACUCUUGACCGCAGCAAGAUUGAAUGUGUAGGGAAGCUUGCUAUAGGAGACUUUUUAAGGAAACUGCAGGUCUACAAAUCUACAGCAGAUUACGAAGGAGGCAAGGCACUCUAUGACCAUUACUCCAAAGUCGAGGAGGAAUUCCUUGAAUACCGUAAAAUAGUGCUUGCAAGAAAGACACCACGCCGCAUGUUUGUCCAGGCCAAUACUCGUUGUCAAGACAACAAGGUUUCCAUGUCAACGUUCUCUUCCAAUGCUGAGGGUAUGAUCAAGUCGUUUAUCAGUCGCUUCCCUCGUGAUGACCACGUGCUGGAAGGGCUGUGGAGAGCCGAUUUACCCCACCACAAGUAUUGACAACACACAAGGCUUGUAUACCUAAUGGGUGCCAUUAACAUUGAUGGGAUAUCGUUAUUUAAGAUAAUUAGUUUAAUUAGUCUAAUUGACUCCAGGCAAAUGCAAAUCGUUUUGUAUCAACACUGAAGCACUAAUCACGUUAUUAUAGACAAGCUAGGAAUAUUGGACGAACUCAGUUUUAUCAACACGAAAAUGUGCAGUUCAAUCACGCGAAUCUAAUAAAAGCACAAUUUAGUA